CGAAGGUAUUUUGUCAAACAAAGCCUAACAAUUUGGCAUCAGUGGUUGUGUGCAUGUCACAUGUCCUUCGCAGCGAGAUUUUAGAUGCAAGAUUGGCGUGACCCAUGGAUCGAGAGCAGACGGUGAAGGCGAGCAUGCCUUUGGGCUGGCGAUAAGCACCUGAACUAGGCCAGUACAAUUUAGAAUUUCUGGGUGUGGCGGAAUUGAAGAAUCCCGAGCACAGUAGGAGGUGGGGAUUGGGAAGAAUGCCUUAAGAAUAGAGAGGGGAGGAGUAAGGUGGAGUAGGGAGGAGGGGGGUAGGAAUAGUAAUUAGGCAUUGUGUAAGAAAAAAAAUGGAGGAGUGGAGGGCAGCGGUGGCAGUGGCGCAGUGGUGGUGCUUCAAUGUGGCUGUGAUAGUGAUGAACAAGUGGAUCUUUCAGAAGCUGGAUUUCACAUUUCCACUGUCGGUUUCGUGUGUGCAUUUCAUAUGCUCAGCAGUUGGGUCUGGCAUAGCCAUCAGAGUAUUGAAGGUGAAGCCCCUGAUCCAAGUGAAUGGACACGAUCGCUGGACCAGGAUCUUCCCCAUGUCAUUCGUCUUUUGCAUAAACAUAGUCCUGGGGAAUGUCAGCCUGCGGUACAUACCUGUCUCUUUCAUGCAAACUAUCAAAUCUUUCACUCCCGCCACCACAGUAUUUCUUCAAUGGCUGGUGUGGAGAAAAAGCUUUGAUCAACGCAUAUGGUGGUCAUUAGUCCCCAUAGUGGGCGGAAUUCUUCUCACUUCUGUUACAGAGCUCAGUUUUAACGUGUUUGGUUUUUGUGCAGCCUUCUUUGGAUGCCUUGCUACUUCUACCAAAACAAUUCUUGCAGAGACUUUGCUUCAUGGAUAUAAAUUUGAUAGUAUCAACACUGUGUAUUAUAUGGCACCUUUUGCAACUAUGAUCUUGGCUGCUCCGGCUUUGCUUCUUGAAGGGCCUGGUGUUUUGAAUUGGGUGCAAACUCAUGAUGCCAUUUAUAGCUCAUUAUUUAUAAUAUUUAGCUCUGGCAUUUUUGCCUUCUGUCUGAACUUUUCAAUCUUUUACGUUAUUCACUCUACAACAGCAGUCACUUUCAAUGUUGCAGGGAAUAUGAAAGUAGCAGUAGCAAUAAUGGUAUCAUGGCUUAUAUUUCGCAAUCCUAUAUCUAUUCUGAAUGCAAUUGGAUGUGCAAUUACCCUAUUAGGUUGUACUUUUUAUGGUUAUGUGAGACACAAGCUAUCUCAGUCUCAAUCUCAAGAUGCUGCAGUAGGAAAGUUCGUUGACAACAGCCUGCGAAUGUCUGGAAAGCUUGAGAUGCUUCCACUUGUGAAUGACAAGAAGUGAGCAUUUAUAUUUAUAAUUAUUGCAAUCUUAUAAUUUAGAAGUAGAUACAACUAAGAUUAAUAUUUUUUUUAAGAUAUUAGAAUCAAUCAAAUCACCGAAAUGUUUUCAUGGUGAACUUUGCUUCAGAUGUGAAAAUUAAAUUUGUAUUAACAGUCAAUACCCCUCCCAUUAAAUCUUUUGAAUAUCACUCCAUUAUUGAAGCCCUAAAGAAAAAGAAAUUUUUUUUUGCAGAUAUUAAAGGUCUUCUACUUACCAAGAAAACAAAUUGUGUUAUUUUUUUAGUGCUAAAGUGCCCAAAAUAAAAGAAACUUUUUUAUGGUUGAA